CUUGAUUCUAUAAAUACAUUUUAGAAGCUGUAGGAAUGUUUUGGUAUGUAGCCAGUCGAUCUUACAGGAUCGGAAGACGUGCUUCUUUAUAAGUUAUAACCUGUUCUCUCAAUGGAGCAUAAAUCUUGGGCCGAUUUACCUGAGCACGUUAUCGUGUCUAUUUUUUCUUACACUAGCAUACCAACGAGAUCUAAACUAGCAUUGGUGUGCAAGUCUUGGCUAGAUGCUUUCAAGUCGCCAUUCUUAUGGCAUUCGUUUACGUUUCAAUUUCUAACACCAGAGGAUUUCAAGUAUGAGCCGUUUCUUCAUCAACAUGGACAAUAUCUACGAUCCGUAUAUAUUCGAUGUAAUCAAGAAGACAAAGUCAACCGAGAGAAUGCGUGUAAGCUGAUUCGUGGCCUUUACGAACUUGAGAAACAAAGACUUGAGCGUUUGAAGAUAAAUUUUACAGGGGAGAACCCUUUGUUCUAUGCUGGCCAGGAGUUUGUUGAAUGUUUAAGAGGAAUUUUCGGCUCUCCGCCGACAAAAGUCGAAACUAAAAAUGUUCAAGUUCUCACACGGCUUAAAAGUGUAGAUUUACGUGGGCUCCCUGUAGCACUGAAUGAUGAACUCCUACUUUGUCUGGCCGAACAUAAUGCUGAAACACUGGAAUAUCUCGACAUACAGAAUGCAUCAUUGGUUUGCAAAGUUACUGCUAGCUGUAUCCUGAAGCUUGUGCGAAGAUGUCGCAAGUUGAAAUCCUUAGCUACCCACUAUGGUAACAUCACGGAAGAGAUCCUGUUGAGUUUUAUAGAAGAAGGAAGAUCACCUUUAAGCAAUCUUUCCGUCUUAUGCAGAAGAGAAGAAAAAUAUGGCAGAGAUAUUUCGUCGGAAACAUGGAGCACCGUGAGAGCCAAACUGCCGAAUCUUCGAGUGACAUUAUAUUUUGAUUUGUCGUGUCCUAUGUUCAAAGUUAACGCCAUUCUUAAACCAGAAAUCCCUGUAUCUUAUCUACGAUUGCUUGUUCAAGCACGUCUAGUUCAACAAGUUUAUUUUGCUACUCAAUAUUAUAGCAAAACCCUUGAAAAAAUAGCAUUGUCGACGACAAAUAGCCCAGAGCUAGAAAAUGCUCUUUUACAUCUAUCUAGCGCCUGUAAUAAACUUAACGAAAUUCAUGUGUUUCAGUGCUAUGUUUCUUCAGAAACUAAAGUAAAAAUACUGAAAAUGUUGCCAAACCUGAAAAAAUAUACUCUAAAAACAAAGGAGUGAUCGACUCAGGGAAGCAUUUGGCCUGAAGAGCUUUUAGAAGAUUAGAUAAGAUGAAGAUUGCGAAUCGAAGUUAAAAAAAGGUGCUUGAACUCUAGUUUAGUCUAGCUUGUGACACUGACUGUACUAUGUAAAAAUGAAGUCCCAUGGAAAAUAAUUUUAGGGUAUUUGCUUCCUUUUUGGUUCCAGUUAUGAAAUUCCAUUUUUCAUUAAUAUGACAUUUGAUCAGUACAAUUCGGUUUUAGGUCGACAUGCUUGCCCGUUUUUUAACUUUUUUUAGUAAGAAUAAGAGAAUAAAAGUUAAAUGCCUUUUUUAUCGGAAAUUAUAGGAAAGUAUGCGGCUUCAUGUAUACAUGCCUGAUUGUGCAACGUUUACAUCAUGAGAUACUGACAAAUAAAGGACAUUUUUCAACCUG